CAAAUGUAGCUUGUGCAUAAAAAUUAAAACGUCUAUAGGAAAAAUUAAAAAACUACAUGUAUAAGUCUUCAUCCUCACCCCAAUUGUCAUCGUGUGGUAGGAACAACAAUGAGGCCUAAAUUUGUGUUGUUUGGUUCUUCAAUUGUUCAAUACAGUUACUAUGAAGGUUGGGGAGCUACUCUUUCUCACUUGUAUGCUCGCAAGGCUGAUAUACUUUUACGGGGAUAUGCUGGUUGGAAUUCAAGGCAUGCUCUCCAAGUUUUGGAUAAAAUAUUUUCCAAGAAUGCCAUCGAACAACCAUCAUUGGUGAUUGCAUACUUUGGCGGUAACGAUUGUAUUCCUCCACAUCCAAGUGGUCUUGGUCCUCAUGUACCAUUGGGGGAAUACAUAGAAAAUAUGAAGAAGAUUGCUACCCAUAUAAUGAGCCUGUCACAGAAAACUCGGAUUAUACUUCUCAGUAAUCCUCCAAUCAAUGAGGCACAAAUGAAGCACAACAUUGAUGAUUUUGGGCAACCAAUAAGAACAAAUGAAGUAAGUCGAAUAUAUUCAGAAGCGUGUUUGGACAUGUGUUGUGAGAUGAAAAUCAAGGCCAUUGAUACGUGGUCUGCAAUUCAAAAAAGAGAUGAUUGGAGAGAUUUUUGUUUCAUUGAUGGAGUUCAUCUAUCAAAUGAGGGGAGUGAAAUAGUAACAAAGGAGAUAUUGAAUGUCAUCAAAGAAGCAGAGUGGGAACCAAGUCUAUAUUGGAAGUUAAUGCCAGCUGAAUUUGGAGAAGAUUCACCUUAUGAUAUGGUUACUCUUGAUGGGAAGACAAUUAAUUUCUCCAAUGUGCCUUUCCCUGAAGAUGUAGAUUGGCCUUGAUAUAUUGUUUGUAUUAUUUAGUCUUUUAUUCAUAAAUGGUUCUUGGGUGUAUCUUCAGCUGAUCCGCCAUGCAUACCGGAUCAUUUGAUUCAGCUUGUUCAGUAAGGCGGUUAUUCCAGAUCCAUUCGUUCUACUUUGUUGUUGGUUUGGUUCUCUUACAUGUGGGUGAUUUGGAAAGAAAGGAGCAAGAUGAUUUUUAAUCAAAAGAAAGAUCAUGUGCAUCAACUUCUAGAGAAGGUUAAGCUACUCUCUUUUUGAUGGUUGAAAGCAACUAACUCUACAUUUCCUUUCGAUUAUCAUAGUCGGCGGCUCAACCCUUUAUUAUGCAUGGGUUUCACCUUAUAAUAUUUUCUUUCUUUUUGGCAUAUUUUUCUUGGUUUGUUGUUGAAUUUUUGUAAACUUCUUGCAUGUUUUCUUGGCACUCAUUGUGCUUAGUAACUUGCUCGGCUUGCGUUAUUAUAUAUAUUAUUUUUGCGUGUUAAAAAAAAUAUUGUUCCA